AUGGGGGACAAUAAACAAACUGAUACUCAAGGCGUCUCCAAAAACACUCCUGAGCACACUGUGGACUUGGAGGUCGCACCGUGUGAUGGUUCGGAGACUGAUUCAGACUGCGAACAUAAAUUUGUUUUUCCCUUGCGACACGAGCUCCCUCCGCAUGACUACCUUCGGUUUAUCCUAACGGUCUGGUACUCUCCUGAAACUAGCAGUUCUAUCGCAGGUAAAUAUACUUUUCAUUCGUGUCAUAUUGCAGACAUGAUGACGCGGGUGUACAGCGAAGCUCAGCUCAAAGUUCUCCUUACCAGUCCUAUGGACGUGGUACUCAUGAAGUCCCGCAAAUUCUUUCUGGAACUUAAUAUAUAA